AUGGGCCUCAGCAAUCAUUCCUCUGUGACUGAAUUUCUGCUCCUGGGACUGACUGACCAGCCACAGCUGCAGCUGCCCCUUUUCUUCCUCUUCUUGGGGAUUUAUGUGGUGACGGUGCUGGGAAACCUAGGCAUGGUCACCAUCAUCGGCCUGAGCACUCAGCUGCAUACCCCCAUGUACUACUUCCUCAGCAGUUUGUCCCUCUUGGAUUUCUGCUACUCAUCCGUCAUUACCCCUAAGAUGCUGGUGGGCUUUCUGCUGAAGAACAAGCACAUCUCCUAUUCGGGCUGUAUGACCCAGCUGUUCUUUUUCUGCAUCUUUGUCAUCGCCGAGUGCUACAUGCUGGCAGCCAUGGCCUACGACCGCUACGUGGCCAUCUGCAGCCCCUUGCUCUACAAUGUCAUUAUGUCCCCACGACUCUGUGCCCUGCUGGUGGCUGCGGUAUUCUCGGUGGGCCUCACCGAUGCCACCAUUCACAGUGGGUGUAUAUUCAGGCUGGACUUCUGUGGCCCAAACGUCAUCAAGCAUUACUUCUGUGACAUUGUUCCUCUCAUCACACUCUCCUGCUCCAGCACGUACGUGGACGAGCUCUUAAUCUUUAUCAUUGGUGGCUUUAACAUGGUGGCCACCAGUCUCACCAUCAUUGUCUCCUAUGUAUUCAUCCUCGCCAGCAUCCUCCGCAUCCAGUCCCGAGAAGGCAGGUCCAAAGCCUUCAGCACUUGUAGCUCCCAUCUGACAGCCGUGCUCGUGUUUUAUGGGUCACUCAUGUCCAUGUACCUCAAGCCAGCUUCCAGCAAUGCUGCCACCCAAGAAAAAGUGACCUCGGUCUUUUACACUACCGUCAUCCCCAUGCUGAACCCCUUGAUUUACAGCCUGAGGAACAAAGAGGUGAAGAAUGCAGUGGUGAAGCUCUUUAAAAGAAAAAUCGCCUCAUAG